CUAUUACCUUUUUUUAAGUAUCUAUCGCGUGGUUUACGUGUUACGGAAAGGGAUUUAGUGAUUAUGGGUGGUGAAGAAGGUUUAGGAGUGACUACGGGUCAACCAAAUCUUUAUAAACAAGAUCUUUCAAAGCUUGAUGUUAGUAAAUUGACUGCAUUAUCUCGUGAAGUUAUCAGCAGACAAGCAACAAUUAAUAUUGGUACUAUUGGCCAUGUAGCACAUGGAAAAUCUACAAUUGUAAAAGCCAUAUCGGGAGUACAGACUGUUCGUUUUAAAAAUGAAUUAGAAAGGAAUAUUACUAUUAAACUUGACACUCGUGCAGAGGACAGUACCAGAGGGGAACAAGAAGCAAAUCUUGGCUACACAAGCAAAAUGUCUACACGAAGAAAGAGACCAGCCUCUCCAGGAUAUGUUCAACCACCAACUAAACAACAGAAGCUUGAUCAAAAAUUUAUUUUUCCUCAAGAAAAUAAUUAUAAUGAUAAUUAUUUCUAUGGUAAAUCAAACAGUAGCAAUUCCAGUAAUAGUGAUGUUUUAUUUAAACAAAACAAAGAAGAAGAACGAACAAUUAACAGAAAAAAUUCGGACUAUUUGGAUAAUCAAGAAGUUAGCAUGGAAAAUACAGAAAAUAAAUCAUGUGCUGAUAGUGAUAUUGAAAAAUAUAAAAUAUUUUGCAAUUUAGGAAAUGUUAAAUUGAAAGAGCUUAGAAUUAUAUUAGAAGAUAUAAAACAUAUAAAUACGAGACAUAAUACUAAAAGUGGAAUGAAAACAUUGUUAUCAGAAACUGAUAUUUGGGAAGUAGAACAAAUUCUUGCAAAGAAAGAAAUAAAAGGUGUGCCAACUUAUUUGAUCAAAUGGAAAAAUUGGGAUUUAAAAUAUAAUACUUGGGAACCUAUAUCAAAUUUGAUAAAUUGUUCAGAUAUUCUAGAAGAAUUUGAGAGAAAUAGAUUACAAUUACUUGAAAGUUUUAAACGAAAAGUAAAUUUUUAUCCAAAUAAUCAAGAUAUUGAAAAAUUCUUAAAUUAUCUUAAGCGCGGAGGAAAGACAUUAACAUCAAUUUCUGUUGAAUCAAAUACAAUGUUCAUUAGUAUACUUAAAUUUUUGAAACAAAAAUAUGUCAAAAAUAGUAAAUUGGAAAAAGUUAUAAAACAUGAUAUUCUUCGUAUGUUAAUUAUUGAUUUAAGGAAAAAACAGUUAAAAUCUUUAGAAGAUUGGGAAAAUGAAAUGAAUAUUAUUACUAAAGGUAAACCAUUAAUACGAGUAGAGAAUAUAAUAGAUUUGGAAGGGGCACCUCAAAAUUUUUAUUAUAUAGAAGAAUAUCUACCUGGUAGUGGAGUCAUAAUACCUGAUGAUCCACCUAUUGGUUGUGAAUGCAAAACUUGUAAUUCCAAAACAAAGUGUUGUUUUGCUCAGGAUGAUGGAUUAUGUCCAUAUACUUUGAAACAUAAGAUUCGAGUUCCACCUGGAACACCAAUAUAUGAAUGUAAUAAACGAUGCAAUUGUGAUAUAGAUUGCAUUAAUCGAGUAGUGCAGCGUGGCACCAAAAUGCAAUUCUGCAUUUUCAGAACUGCCAAUGGACGAGGAUGGGGUGUGAAGACUAUGAAAGCAAUUAAAAAAGGGAGUUUUGUCACACAAUAUGUAGGAGAAGUAAUAACAAAUGAAGAAGCUGAAAAGCGCGGCAAAGAAUAUGAUGCUGCUGGUAGAACGUAUUUAUUUGAUCUUGAUUAUAAUGAAUCUGAAGAACAAUGUCCAUAUACUGUUGAUGCUGCUAUAUAUGGUAACAUUUCUCAUUUCAUUAAUCAUUCUUGUGAUCCAAACUUAGCAGUUUAUGGUGUUUGGAUUAAUUGUCUUGAUCCAAAUCUUCCUAAACUUGCAUUGUUUGCAACGAAAGAUAUUAAACAAAACGAAGAAAUUACAUUUGAUUAUAUGUGUCAAUCAUCAAAGAAUAGCGAAAAUUCUAUAAUGCAACGUGCAUCAAUGAAAGAAAAUUUGAAUAUAUACCCAGAAUUUCAAGAAAAUAUACAAUUAUGCUCAGAAACAUCAGAAUCCGAUUCAUCGAACAAUAAAACUUUAUGCAAAUGUGAUGCUCAGAAUUGUAGACGAUACUUAUUUUAAGUUUUUUUUUUUUUAUAAAUUUAUUGUAUUAAUAUUUAAGUAAAAUUGUAUAAGCAAAUAGUUUCAAUUAUUUUAAUAAUCCUCGGAAAAAUGAUGUAGACUUUACUAGAAUUAAAUUAAUUUUGUUAAUGAUUA